UCGCAAGAGGCUGCGAAAAUCCAGAAUCCCAAUCACAUGUCAAACUCCCCAGCCGAAGAAGAACAAGGAUUUGCCUGCCACCCUUCCGCCCCUCCUCACGAGUCGUUCGAUGUAUCAACCACAGUUGAUCCCAGUUACGUUAUAUCUUUGAUAAGGAAACUUGUUCCCAAAACUGGGACACCUGCAAGCGAAAGAGAAGCUGAGGCUGAAAACUAUGGUGAUCAAACUAAAUGUGUAUCGGCUCUAGAAAGGACAUGGGAAGAGUGUGGAUGUGUUCUAUGGGAUCUUGCUGCUACUGGAGAUCAUGCCCAAUUUAUGGUUCAAAAUCUUAUCCUCGAUGUUCUUCUGGCUAAUCUUGUGGUUCCUCAAUCAUCACGCAUUACGGAAAUUAGUCUUGGAAUAAUAGGAAAUCUUGCCUGCCAUGAAAUAUCGUGUAAACAAAUAGCUUUGACAAAUGGAUUGGUUCAAGUGAUUGUGGAGCAGUUGCUUCUAGAUGAUGUACCUUGUCUCUGUGAAGCGUGCAGGGUGUUAACAUUGUGUCUUCAAGGCAGCGAAGGUGCUAUUUGGGCAGAAGUGUUGCUGGCUGAGCAGACCCUUUCUCGUAUUUUCUGGAUUGCUGAAAAUGCUCUGAAUUCACAGCUGCUUGAAAAAAUUGUAGGUUUACUCUUGGCUGUUUUAGAAAGUCAACAGAAAGUGGCAGCUAUUCUUAUUCCAUCUAUGUUGGGAUUGGGCCUUUCUAGUCUUCUGAUCAAACUUUUGGCUUUUGAAAUGACCAAGCUAAAAGAGGAGCGGGUGCCAGAUAGGUAUGCUGUACUGGAUUUGAUCCUUCGUGCAAUUGAAGCUUUGUCCACUAUGGAUGAGUAUUCCCAAGAAAUUUGUCUGAAUAAAGAGCUUUUGCAACUAAUAAGAGAUCUAAUUGAACUUCCUGAUAAAUUUGAGGUAGCCAGCUCUUGUGUAACAGCAGCAGUGCUGAUAGCUAAUAUUCUUACUGAUGCAGCUGAUUUAGUAUCUGAGUUAGCACAAGAUUUGAAUUUCCUGCAGAGUUUAUUUGGCGUGUUCCCAUUUGCUUCUGACGAUACAGAGGCACAGAAUGCCAUUUGGAGCACCAUUGCAAGAUUAUUAUUGUUCUUUGAGGAAAGUGAGAUGAGCCCAUCAAUCUUACGCUCUCUUGUCUCAAUUCUUGCCAGCAAAUUUGAUCUCAUAGAGGAUGAACUUCUUUUCCGCCCUUUGGAUGGUGGAGAAAAGAAGAGUGUUGAGACCUCUAGCACGAAAAUAAAUGCUAGACGUAUUGCUAUGAAAAGAAUUUCGAAUAUUUUGACUCGAUGGAAAUCUGCGGAUGAUAGCGUAAAGAUCACUCCUCGCAUGGAAGACUGCUAUGUCAGUGAAGAAGAAGUUGAUAAAUUGUUGAAUUUACUGCAGUAAAGCCUCCAGAUCAAAUGCAGGUGGAUCAUCUUAUUUGGCCUGAGCCGAUUUUAGAUAUGCUGCUCAAGUUGAUAUUACCAGCUCACAAAAUACGAAAUAUCUCGAGUCUGAUGAAGCAAGGGUUAGCCAUUUUAGUCAACCUGUGGCAAAAAUCUUUUUUUGUGUUAUGCGAUGAGAUUCGGCCUGGAUUUUCAUAAGCCAACAACUGAAGCAUUUGAGGUGCUUGUAAUCUGGAAAUUCAAGACUUGGAUGGUCAACUAAGUAGCUGUCACGUGUAGUGUAUGCACCACUUGAUUUAAAGAUAUCGGCCUGAAAAACUACUGGCGAGAGGUCAGUUUGGUUAGAACGGUCAGGAAAGAAAUUGGAGAAAUCUUAAUUUCUACACAAGCUUGGAGAUGAAUGGCAACAUUAGAAAAUUUAAUUUUAACUAAAGGGUAAAAACAUUAUGUUAGCAUAAAGGCUAUACUUAUCAACUAUGCCAAACAUGUUAAAUAUGCCUUCUUUUAUCAACAAGAUAUAACUUAACUUUCUUUUUUUUAAUGAGAAAUAAU